UCCACGAGAUGAGCUGAUUCCACACCCUCGUCUCGUCUUGUCCCCCCACUCAUCGUGCCCACUCUCUCUCUCUCUAAAACCCAGACUCUAAACAAACAAUUUCUCUCUCUAUAAGACAGCUCUGCGACUGCCCAUUACUCCAAACCACAAAAUAAUCCUAUAUCAUAUUUCAGUCUCUCUAUAUAUAUAUCAUUGUCACUGCUUAUCCACAUAUAAUUUUUCUUUUUUGUUUCAUUUUGAAUUUGAGAAUCAGAAAUUCGUUCAAAGUGGGGCUAUGAUGGCUCUGAAUUUACUCUCUCCAACAGAAAUCAAGACCAUUUCGUUUCUGGACUCCUCUAAAUCCAAUCUUCACCUCUUCAAGCUUCAAGGAGGGGUGUCUUUGAAAAGGAAGGACCGCGAAGUAACUUCGGGAAAUAGAGUUUACUGUUCAGCACAGCCACCUCCUCCAGCAUGGCCCGGACGGGCUAUUGUGGAGCCAGGACGUAAAACUUGGGACGGUCCAAAGCCAAUCUCAGUUGUUGGAUCUACUGGUUCUAUCGGAACUCAGACAUUGGACAUAGUUGCGGAGAACCCAGAUAAAUUCAGAAUUGUGGCACUAGCGGCUGGUUCAAAUGUGACUCUUCUUGCUGAUCAGGUCAAGACAUUCAAACCUCAAUUAGUUGCUGUUAGAAAUGAGUCAUUAGUAGAUGAACUCAAAGAUGCUUUGGCUGACGUUGAACACAAGCCUGAAAUUAUUCCUGGAGAGCAAGGCGUGAUUGAGGUUGCCCAACACCCUGAUGCUGUCACUGUCGUCACGGGAAUCGUAGGUUGUGCAGGAUUGAAGCCUACAGUGGCUGCAAUAGAAGCAGGGAAAGACAUCGCCUUAGCCAAUAAAGAGACCCUAAUUGCAGGGGGCCCUUUUGUCCUUCCUCUUGCACACAAGCAUAAAGUAAAGAUUCUUCCUGCUGAUUCAGAACAUUCUGCUAUAUUCCAGUGCAUUCAAGGCUUGCCAGAGGGUGCUCUUAGGCGUAUUAUAUUAACUGCGUCUGGUGGGGCUUUCAGAGACUGGCCUGUUGAUAAAUUGAAAGAAGCUAAAGUAGUUGAUGCUUUGAAGCAUCCUAACUGGAAUAUGGGGAAAAAGAUCACUGUGGACUCUGCUACUCUUUUCAAUAAGGGUCUAGAAGUUAUUGAAGCGCACUAUCUUUUUGGGGCUGAAUAUGACAAUAUUGAGAUUGUUAUUCACCCUCAAUCUAUCAUUCAUUCAAUGGUUGAAACACAGGAUUCCUCUGUCCUCGCACAGUUGGGGUGGCCUGAUAUGCGUUUACCGAUCCUUUACACAUUAUCUUGGCCAGAGAGAAUUUACUGCUCUGAGAUUACUUGGCCCCGCCUUGACCUUUGCAAGCUUGGGUCCCUGACGUUUAAAACUCCUGACAAUGUGAAAUACCCAUCCAUGGAUCUAGCCUAUGCUGCUGGACGGGCCGGAGGCACCAUGACAGGAGUUCUUAGUGCAGCUAAUGAAAAAGCUGUGGAGAUGUUCAUAGAUGAAAUGAUUGGCUACCUUGAUAUUUUUAAGGUUGUGGAGCUAACAUGUGAUAAACAUCGGUCGGAGAUGGUGGCCUCACCUUCCCCGGAGGAAAUUGUACAUUAUGAUUUGUGGGCACGGAAAUAUGCUGCCGGUUUGCAACCUUCUUCUGGUUUAAGCCCUGCUCUGGUAUGAGUGACAGCUUGUCCCCAUUGGUUGGAGUGGUGAAUAUAUUGAUUUGAGAAUUAGGUCAAUGUGUUGAAAACAUCCUUGGUUAUUAAUAAAUGAAUGCAUUUCUUAGCCAUCUGAACAAGAUAGCAAUUAACUGAGAGAAAAUGAUAAGAAUGAGGCAUUUGGAAUCGGAACCAAAGGUAAUGUGGGAAGAUAAAUAAUUCAACUUGCAUUUGGGAGAAUUUCAAGUCCAAUAAAUGUUGGUAACUUGAAACCUUGUGGAUUAAAAUUGUACUUUGUUUGUAGAGUAUAAUAUAUGUUUUUUGCAUUCAUAUAGUGAAAGAAUGUGAUCCAUUUGGGGCAAA